UUUGUUUGCGGCUCGCGCCUGGAGCUCUGCUCGCGAGUAAUUCCAGUAAAAAAAGAGUUGAGGAAAAUAAAACGGCGCACAAAUACGAGGCAGGGCGUGUGAGUGAGGGAGAAGCCCGGCUGCGCCAUCGGCAGCAAUGGGUGAGAUUGAGGGCACGUAUCGGGCGCUGCAGACUCCAGGCACACGUCUGGGCUCUCAGCUCAACCCUGGCAUCAGCACACUGGAACCCGGGCAGAGCCUGAACACAUCUGGGGCAGGAGGCAAAGGCAAGUGUCUGCAGAUCCGUGUUCAGGGUCUGGAUGAUGCUCAGGAGUUCUACGAGCUUGAGUGUAAAGCAAACGGACAGACCCUUCUUAACGAUGUGUAUCGCAGGAUCAAUCUCAUUGAGAGCGAUUACUUUGGGCUGGAGUUCCAGAAUGUGCAGAUGAACUGGGUUUGGUUGGAGCCCACCAAGCUUGUCGUGAAACAAGUGCGACGACCAAUGAACACACUCUUUCGAUUGUCGGUGAAGUUCUUCCCACCUGACCCUGGCCAGCUUCAGGAGGAAUUCACCAGGUACCUGUUCUCCCUGCAGAUGAAGCGAGAUCUGAUGGAAGGCCAACUGCACUGCACAGAAAACACAGCAGCCCUCCUGGCCUCUCACCUUGUCCAAUCUGAGAUUGGAGACUAUGACGAUGUUGCAGACAGGGAGUAUCUGAAGCUGACGAAGCUGCUGCCGCACCAGGAGGACUUGCAGGAGAAGAUUAUGGAGCUCCAUCGCAAACAUGUGGGUCAGACGCCUGCCGAGUCUGAUUUCCAAGUGCUUGAAAUCGCCCGUAAGCUGGAGCUGUAUGGUGUGCGUUUCCACCCUGCAGCGGACCGUGAAGGCACCAAGAUCAACCUGUCAGUGGCCCACAUGGGCCUGCUGGUCUUCCAGGGCAACACCAAGAUCAACACGUUCAACUGGUCGAAGAUUCGCAAACUGAGCUUCAAAAGGAAGAGAUUUCUUAUCAAGCUGCACCCUGAAGUCCAUGGUCCUCAUCAGGACACGCUGGAGUUCCUGAUGGCCAGUCGUGAUCAGUGCAAGAUCUUCUGGAAGAGCUGUGUGGAGCACCACGCUUUCUUCCGUCUGUUUGAUCAGCCGCAACCCAAAGCCAAAGCCGUUCUUUUUAGCAGGGGAUCUUCAUUCAGAUACAGCGGGCGAACUCAGAAGCAGCUGGUACAGUAUGUUAGGGACAGUGGUGUGAAAAGGACACCCUACCAAAGGAGGAAUAGCAGUAAGAUCCGUAUGUCAACUCGCUCCUUAGCCACUGAUUUUCCGAAGCAGAGUCUGUCCUUCAAUGACAGCCUUAAGAUUUGCAGUUCUCCCCCAUCUGCCACCGUUUCCUUCCACUCUCUGCACUCUUCCAUAUCUCCUGUACGGAUGGAUAACAAUAGCAAACAGCAGCUCCAGCACAUCCCAUCCCUCCAGCAGCCUGUGAGACCACCUACCCCUGUGAAGGAGGAGCCUGCAAAGAUCCACCCUCCAUCUAACUCGGCCUUCCCAGGUCCCAUAAUGGACAGCCCCCAGCUGUCUCCCUUUGGGUCUAAAUGUCCCCUGAGUGUGUCCACGUCCUUCCAGAUGUCCACGCUCAGCUUGCCCAGCCAGCCACCUUCGAGUCCUGUUCUCAGUGAUGGGAGCAGCACCAGGCUGGAGGAAGAGGAGGAGCUCAGGAGGAAGAGAUAUCCCACUGAUAAAGCCUACUUUAUUGCCAAAGAGAUUCUGAUGACCGAGAGGACGUAUCUGAAGGACCUGGAGGUGAUCACAGUGUGGUUCCGCAGUGCAGUGAUAAAAGAGAAUGCGAUGCCUGAAGGCCUGAUGACCCUCCUUUUCUCCAAUAUUGACCCCAUCUAUGAGUUUCAUCGAGGCUUUCUCAGAGAAAUCGACCAGAGGCUGGCUCUCUGCUCAGUACGUCUCCUGUGGGAGGGGCGCUCAAAUGCUCAUGUGAAGGGAGAUUACCAGAGGAUUGGUGAUGUUAUGCUGAGGAACAUGUGUGCCCUGAAGGAGUUCACCAGCUACCUACAGAAGCAUGACGAGGUACUGACAGAGCUGGAGAAGGCGACGAAGCGUGUAAAGAAGCUAGAGACGGUGUAUAAAGAGUUUGAACUGCAGAAGGUGUGUUACCUGCCCCUCAAUACUUUCCUGCUCAAGCCCAUCCAGAGGCUCAUGCACUACAAGCUGAUCUUGGAGCGCCUAUGCAAACACUACUCCCCUGAGCACAGGGACCACCACGACUGCAAAGAGGCUCUAAAGGAGGUGGCAGACAUAACAGCUCAGCUACAGAGUAGCCUAAUCCGACUGGAGAACUUCCAGAAACUGACAGAACUGCAGCGGGACCUGAUUGGCAUUGAGAACCUCACUGCUCCUGGAAGGGAGUUCAUCAGGGAAGGCUGCCUUUACAAGCUUACAAAGAAAGGCCUGCAGCAAAGGAUGUUCUUCCUGUUUUCAGACAUGCUCCUUUACACAAGCAAAGGUGUCACAGCCACCAACCAAUUUAAAGUUCAUGGCCAGCUUCCCCUCCACGGCAUGCUUGUGGAGGAGAGUGAGAAUGAGUGGUCAGUCCCUCACUGUUUCACCAUCUACUCUGCCCAGAGGACCAUCGUGGUGGCUGCCAGCUCGAAAGUGGAGAUGACGAAGUGGAUCGAGGACCUGAACAUGGCAAUUGACAUUGCGAAGAAGUCACAGGAGAAAUCAGAAAUAUUUCUUGACCCAAGUCUGUGUGAUCACUCCAACAGGUCAUCUGAUGAGGUUUCAUUGGAGCAGGAGUCUGAGGACGAUGUGAACUCGUCCCGCUGCUCUCUGGACAAACAGAGCCACCAUCGCGCCAACACCACCAUGCACGUGUGCUGGCACCGCAACACCAGUGUCUCCAUGUCUGACCACAGCCUAGCCGUGGAGAACCAGCUGUCUGGCUACCUGCUGAGGAAGUUUAAGAACAGUAACGGCUGGCAGAAAUUGUGGGUGGUCUUCACCAACUUCUGUUUGUUCUUCUACAAGACCCACCAGGAUGACUUCCCUCUAGCUAGCUUGCCUCUACUGGGUUACACGGUCAGCACACCUGGGGAAUCGGACAGCAUUCACAAAGAAUACGUCUUCAAGCUGCAGUUCAAGUCCCAUGUUUAUUUCUUCAGGGCUGAAAGCGAGUAUACCUUCGAAAGGUGGAUGGAGGUGAUCAAGAGUGCGGCGAGUGCUGCUGGCAGGGUGAGUCUGCUCAUCCCUAAAGGCCCAGAGGAGAUGAAUGGGAACUGAAGAUUGAAACUGAGGCUGGUUGUCCUCCUGGAGCUCGGGGCUGGGCCCUGCAGAAUGCCAUGAGUCUACGUUAUUAUUAUUUUUUAUUUAAUCCUCUGUUUCAUGGCUCCUAAUGCCAUAAUCUUCAGUACUGACUCUGAAGUCUCGAACAUUUCUGUUGAAUGGAAAUGGAAGAAGUCGGGGGCCGUCUAAGAACUCGACUCUCUUUCUGUUUCUUCAUCUUUGACAUGUGGGCUACGACCCCUUCAUUUAAAAGUCAUGCCAAGUUUUGCAGUUUUCCAGAAGAGUAAUCUAACCAUAAAUGGCUAUGAUGUUUUAUUUUGCUUCAUGUGGUCCUGCUACAAUUUUAGCAGUCACAUUUUUGAAGUCGCCAGUUCUUCAUCUCAAAACCGGGAGCUCGUCCAGAGCUGCCAAACGGUAUUGUGUCAAACCAAUUAGGCCUUCCUGAAUGGGUUUCAAUGUCAUUAAAAGCUCAUUUUGUGUAAUCGCAAUCUCUUAUAUUAACGGGAGCACAAUAACGGAACGGAGUAAUGGACUGAAUCAGGUCUGGAUGGUAGAGUAAGUGAAGAGUGAAGGAAGAAGGACGCAGAACCACAGUGGCGUGGGCCAGAGGGAUACGGAGGCACUCGGAGAUGAAGUGGUUUGGGCGAACGGCCAUCGUCCUCCGUAAAUAGUUGUAAAAGGACAAAGCGAUGGGUAUUGAAUUAAGGGCACUAAAACUGAAAUGAGCAGCAGAUUAAUCGGCGAUCUGGUGUGGAGACACGGGAGUGAAAUCUGAGAGGUGUUUGUGCUCCUGUUCAGUUCCACAUUCGUAACAGUAAGAGUUUAGUGACAUUUGUACUUUAUUAAAAUGCCUGGUUAAUUAACAGCUAUAUAUGGAACUGCUUUGAGUCGUGUAAAUGUAAGAAAUAUUGAGAUAUUGAAAAGGUUCGUUCAGAGUAUUUAACAGUUUUGUUACAGACAAUGCAUUUAUGCACACUUCUCAUCUCAUUUCAUCUGUCUAAGGGGUUUUUUUUUUCUCCCCUCCCCUUCUGGAUAACCACGAGGGGGAGUCAGCAUCUCGAGUAUGCAUACGGUCUUAUCCUGGUGCUCACUGACGCAAAAGCUAACCACUCUUUCUGCCUCAUGGUCAGGGUAGUUAACUUUGACUUUUUAUGAAACAUGCGGCUCUGCUGAUUUCUCCACUUCUGCACACUAAUUGUGAACAAGAGAACGUGGACCAUGUGGCAAACUGGUCUCAUUAAAGUUCAGAUUUAUGCUUAAACCAAAAAAAAUAAUAAAAAAAAUCAGUGUAAUUAAGUUGGGUUUUUUUUUUUUUAGUUUUUCUCUUUUAAAUCUCAUAGAGAAAUGUUGAAGCACAGGUUAUGCUGGUAUCUGUAAUAUUAUUAAUCCUUUGUUCUGCUAUAAAGGCCAGUUCUUUCAUGUAAAUAUUCGGGUUGUCGAAUGGGUGAAAGUUACUUUUAGAGGAAUAUUUCUGUGAAACAGUUUGAUUUACACAACGUUUUUUUCCAUAUCACAAAUACAGUUGAUUUAACCAAGACUUGUUCGGUGAUCGAACUUUGCUUCUGCAUCAAAUCAACAAGGAUCAAGUCCUCACACACUCCUUUACAUGAAAAAAAGGUUCCAUUAACUCAAACAGGAAGUCUGUGAAGAAAUUAAUUUCAUCCAAAUCACUUGUAUUGUACAACUCUGGGCCAGAACUCCUUUCACAAGUCUCAUUCUUGUGUGGCGUGACGUCAGACUAUGCUGCACAAAAGUGAUUCUGGUCUCAGUAUCGCUGCCUUUUUUUUUUUUUUUAAAUAUAAAUACAUUACAGUGUGCCAUUUCGUAAGAAACCACAAAUUAAUAGCUAUAAGCUUCCUACUUUUGUAGCUCCAGUGCAAAAAUAAAGCAAAUAUCAGACACCAAACACGUCUUGGCUGAUCAAGCGUAUUGGUAUAAGGAGAAAAUUGUGUACAUUUAAUUUUCAACUGAAGUGUCUCUUUAAGAUUUUGAAAUAGCCAUGUUACGUUACGUUAUGUUUACUCAUAAGGGCUGAGAUUAACUGUAAAUUAACUCGAUCUUAUUUGGGAGAUUUGACCCACGAUAUUGACUGGAUCAUAGUCUUCACUAGGCUGUUACAUUGGGACAUGAAUGCUGUACUGGGUCCAACCAAAGACCUAAAAAGUCUCGUAUAAGACUGAAAACCUUGGCUGAGGUUUUUACAGCCACGCAUUAACCGGUACUGGUGACUCUUGGGUUUUUGUUUUUUUUUCUUAAAAUAUAAAAGUAAGCAAGAUAUUAUACACAUCUCAUGACUUGUGGACUAUUAGCAGUUUAACCAAGCCUGUCUGGUUCUCAUUACUUUUAUACACUUCUUACAAAGACUGGAAUUUGUAAUAUUUUUACACUUGUCUAUCCCUCCAUAAUGUAAAGACAUAUUUUCAUAUGACCGUUACGUUGAGUUUAGAAUGAGCUUCACCAGGUUGCUUCUGUCAUUCAGAAGAAAUUUGAACACGUUUACUCCCGUUUCUGUUGCACAUUGCUCAUAUUUAUUGUGUAGCAUGUUGCUGUAGUCAGGUCCAUGUCAUUACAUUUAAAAGAGAUAACUAAUAAUAAAAACAAAACUGGUAUUAA